UGGAAACCUCACUAUUUCUGUUAUAAGUUUUAAGUAAUCUGUGUUUAUUUAGAAAUGAGAGAGAGAGAGAGAGAGAGAGAGAGAGAGAGAGAGAGAGAGAGAGAGAGAGAGAGAGAGAGUGUUUCCCCUCACCCCUUUCUCUCUCUGAAUACCAACAAACACCACAACAACACAAGUGAAAGAGACAGUUACCAACCCUCAAUACUUUAAUACUUAACACACUUAUGGAUCUCCCUGUACAUAUACAUACAAUACAUAUCUGACCAGUGUAUGUUUAUGUAUGCUGCCACGCUCCCCCUCCCCCUCGUGCCCCUCUCAUCAUGCAUAUACAGAAAUGAAUACCCUGUUAUAUAUACAUAAUUCUUUUUAAAACCCAAUAUAUUAUAACCGUCUGGGCCAUCUGGUUGUAUAUAUAUGUGUGUGUGUGUGUGUGUGUGUGUGUGUGCUGACAUAUAUAUUUUACAUAAAGAGAAUACACGAGGGAAAAAAAAAUAAAAUAAAACAUCCAUAGGGAAAAAAUAAACAGGUGUAAUUGCUAGUAUAUUCUGCUAGUAUACUUAAUAUAUAAUCGCUAGUUAACAUCUACUACCUUCACUACCUUCAGAAGGCUCUAUAUAAAGUUACACAGGCUUUUAAGGGUGUUUUUAUAGCUCUAGUGAUAGAUUAACAAGAUUUCUACAUCAUUAACAGGAAAAACACUCUUGAGAACAUGGCUUAUCAUCUCUGUGGCCUUUGAAAGUAGUGGAGGUAAGAGAGCCAGGCAUUUCUGAAUACAGUCUAAUGUUUACAGUUUCACAUCCCAGCCAGGCGGAGGCAGUGCUGGCUUGCCUUCUCCCAUGCCAUAUACCCUGUCUCUAUUCAUCAGUUACAAGUGUAAAAUGAAUUGAUAAGUAUAGUGUAAAUUCUGCCCUGGAAAUCUGCGAGUGAGUGUGUGCGUGUUCUGUCAUGUAUAUCUAGCACGCAAUAUAGUUUUUUUUUUUUUUUUUUUUUUUUUGAAGCGUGCAUUUUUUUUUUUUUUUUUCCAAUACUAUAUUUAUUCAGAGGGAGUUGUUUAAUUCUCGCCCUCAAUGCAUAUAGGAUGUAUGUAUGUGGUGUUUUGUUAGUGUUCGUUUUGUUAUUAUUAGUAUUAUUGGUGUUAGGUACGUUAUUUCCAUGUAUAGCUCACUUGAAACAAAAUAUAAGAGAUUUAGGUACAUUUAUUUUUGUCUCAAGUAACAAUGUCAAAUAAUCUAUCUCCUUACAACAAGCGAAAUUUGAUAAUGACAGGCAUGAUCCCCACCGUGGGCACGCCCUCACGUGUGUUUUGCAUUGUUACCAUUGCACAAUUACAAUGUUAACAACUUCGAUAAAAUAUUAAUGAAACCACAAGACACAUAAACGAUAAUUGCCCCACAUGCUAUAUAUGGAUUAUGGUCUACAUACAAGAAGGAAACAAUGAAUUCCCAGGAGUAAACGCUGAACAUCACAUUAAUUGUAUUUACAGCCAACACGCACAGUGAGUGAGCAGCAGGACUUGUGCUCGCCCAUGGAACCCUAACCACCACCACCACCAUCACCACCACCACCAUGGACAAGGCCUAUCCAAUGAGAAGUGUCCAGGCCUGCACGGACACCAAUGACUGUCAGGAGCUGUCACGCACCUCUGGCCUGUACCUGAAGCCUAUUGCACGUCUCAGCAUCACUGUCACCCUGCCACAGCUCAAGUCCGGCCAGUCCAUAUCUAACUGGGAGGUGAUGGAGCGGCUGCGGGCGGCCAUCACCCCCAAAGAGUUCACGGUCAUCAAGGUCACCAAGAGCACGCUGGAGUUCCUGAGAUUUGACGCGGAGAUAGAGAACAAGAGAGACCUUACCCUUGUCAUUGGGAAGAUAGACCAGAAGGGCAUCAAGCUGAGUGGGUUCUCCGAGCUUUUGAAGAUCCGCGCGGUGGAGGCCAAGACCACCUUCCCCAUGAGGCACGACUGGGAGAGCUUCUUUCGCGACGCCAAGCACAUGAAUGAGAUGAAGCCCGGCGAGCGUCCAGACACUGUGCACUUCCAGGACCUACCAUGUCGCUGGUUCUCUCACCUGAACGACCCAUCACCUGACUUGCCAAACCUGUACGUGAUGGGGAAAGUGAUGGGGUCAUUUGGGGAGGUGCGGGCGGUGGACAUCCCUGUGUGUGACCCCUACAGGAGGAGUAUGCCCCCCUCCAUCAGUGGUCUGCAUGCCCCCGCCGCGUUUGGCCAGGGGGGGGUGUUUGAAGCCUACGUGCAGUUUAAAGAGUACAUUGGAUUUGCUAAGUGUAUGCAUGCACUCCAGGGAAAGAAGCUUGUGUUCAUGGAUGCCGAUGGGAAGGCCUGGAGUACUUGCAUCAAGGUGGACUUUGAUCGCACCAAGCACAUGUCGGAAUACUCCAUCAAGAAGAGGGCGGCUGAGCGGGACAAGCUGAAGGCCGCUGAGAGGGAGAGGGAGGAGAAGAUGCGGCGGAAGAAGGAGAUGGAGGAGAUGAAGCUGGAGGCGGAGAGGAUGCGGAUGGAGGAGGAGCAGCGACUGAAGGAGGAACAGAAGGAAGCCAAGAGGAAGGAAAAGGAGGAGAGGAGGAAGAACCGGGAGGAGAAACGGAGAAGGAAGAGACUUAUGAAGGAGGAGGAGAGGCUGAAGAAGGAGGAGGAGGAGGAGGAGGCAAGGCUUGGGAGGAAGAUAGCGCUGGAGGAGAGGAAAUUACUCUUGGCGCAGAGGAAACUGGAGAGCAUUAGACUUCUGGAUGAGCUGUUUGAGAGGAUUAAGGUGGUGAAGCAGAAGGAGGUGGCCCAGCGCAGGGAGGAGGAGCUGUACCAGGCCGUGGACAAAGAAAGCACUAAGGCUAAGAAGAAAGAGUUGAAGGAGCACCGCCGUCAGGAGCGACUGGCCAGCAAGGAGCGAGUGUUGAGGGACAAGCUGGUGCACUCCUACAAGCUGAGAGAGGAGGAGCGCAUGGCCGAGCAGCGGGAAAGGGUGCGGCGGGCUGUGCAGGGCAAGGACCGGCUCCACGCAUCCAUCUCUGCUGCCUCCCUCUCCUCCAUCUCCAGUGCCACCUCUGAAGGGGACCUGAAUGCCAUCUCCUCCUCCUCUUCGACUUCCUCCUCUUCCUCCUCCUCCUCCUCUUCCUCGGACUCGGACUCAUCAUCAACGACAUCAUCAGGAGGUGUUAGUCUCGCGAAAGCCCAGUUUGGUGGGCCUCUGAGGGUGGAGCAGGACGCGGUGGCAGCGGCAGCAGCAGCAGCGGCAGCGAAGGGCACAUAUGAGGGUGACCCUCGGCUGCCAGGCCAGCCAGAGGGGCCCUACCCACCCUACUUCGACGGCCACUACCCCUAUGAGGACUGGGACGACUCCUAUGGGUGGCGGGGCCGGGGGUGGGGGGGGCGGUGGCGCUACCCCAGGGGACCAUGGCGGGGCAGGGGCUUCAGGGACAGGGGGAGGGGCUUCAGGGACAGAGGGGGCCGGGGGGGGGUACCGUGGGGGAUGGGGUGUAAGUUUCCCCUGGAGAAGGACCCAGCUAAACCAACGACCUGGUACAAACGAGGGGAAGGCGGCGAUUCCGGAUCAAGAUCGCGCUCCAGGUCAAGGUCACGCCGGAGGUCAAGGUCCCAUCGUUCAAGGUCACGGAGGUCGAGGUCGAGAUCAAGGAGAUCACACUCCAGGUCCAGAUCAAGGUCUAGAUCGAAAAGGUCAUCAAGGUCAAGGUCAAAAAGGUCACAUUCAAGGUCAAGAUCGAGGUCAAAAAGGUCCCGGUCAAGGUCAAGGUUCAAGAGGUCACACUCCAAGUCCAGGUCGCAGUCGCGUUCCAAGGGGUCGCGUUCAAAAUCAAGGUCAAGAUCAAGGUCAAGGUCACGAUCUAAGUCCAAGAGGUCAAGGUCAAGGUCAAAAUCCAAGCGGUCAAGAUCAAGGUCAAGAUCAAAGAGGUCACGGUCGAGGUCGAAGUCAAAAAGGUCACGAUCAAGAUCAAAGUCCAAGCGGUCGAGGUCGCGGUCAUCAUCCAGAAAAUCAAGGUCGAGGAGGUCUGCAAGCGGGUCACAGUCAAGGUCACGCAGCAGAUCAAGGUCACGUUCGAGGUCACGGCGGUGGAGGGAAAGGUCAAUGGACGGGAGGAGGCGGGAAAAAUCAAGGAGAGAGAGAGAGGAGGAGGAGGAGGAGGAGGAGGAGGAGCGGAGGAGGGAGGAGGAGAAGAUCAACUACGAUGACCUUCGGGAAAGUGACCUUGAGCUCUCCAGUGACCCGGAGGAGGAGGAGAGGCGGAGGUACCAGGAGGAGUCUUACAUGGGAGGGGACAUGGAGGAGGAGGAAGAAGAUUACAUGAACUACCACCACCACUACCCUCCACCCCCCCACCACUACCCCCCACGAGGCUACCGGGGGCGCAGGGGGUACCGGGGACGCUGGGGGGGCUACAGGGGGGACCGGGGCGGGUGGAGGUACCCCCCGUCCCGCCCCCAUGGCCAAGAUCCCUACCACCACCUCUACCUCAAGUACUUCGAGAGUGUGGCAGAGAGGGAGGGGCGGAGGGGUGAGGAGGAGGAGGAGAGGAGGAAGCAGGAGGGGAGGAGGAGUCUGGAGGAGGAUCGGAGGAAGAUUGACGGGAGGAGUCAGGAGGAGGAGAGACGGAAGGACAUGAAGAAGGAGGAGGAGGAGGUGGAGGAAAGGUCGAGGAAUGAGAGGAGUGAGAGGAGGAGGAAGGAGGAUGUGUGUGAGGUGCGUCCAAGGGAAAGAGGAGGGAGUCUGGAGGAGCCCUUUAGGGGAAGAGGGAGAGGAGAGUGGCCACAUGCAACCUAUGACUGCCCUCAGAGGAAAGGCAGGGAGAGGGAGAGAGAGAGAACACCUCCUCCUCCUCCUCCUCCUCCACCUCCUCCACCACCACCAGCAGAGAGGAGGAGGAUAGAGGCACUGGAGGAGAGGUCACGGCGGGAGGAGAGGUCACGCAGGGAGGAGUAUGACCCUGGGGCGCAGCUGAGGGAGAGAAUACGACAGGAUAGAGAGGAGAGCGAGGCAGCGAGACGGGAGAGGGAGAGGGAGAGGGAGGCACAGCAGAGAACCAGUGCCCCUUCCUCCUCUGUGAGCCGAAGAGAUGGAGGAGGAAGUGGAGGAGGAGGAGGAGGAGGAGGAGGAGGAGGAGGAGGGGGAGGAGGAGGAGGAGGAGGAGGAGGAGGAGGAAGCACAAGACUCCUGAGUGCUGUAGUCCGGGACCCUUCCGCUGGCAGCAAGGAGAGGCCAAGUCACCCCCGGCUGCCUCACUCCACAUCCCCCUCGCCUUCUGCAGGAGACACCCGCUGGAGGAACCAAGGGCUGAGGGCGGACAUGGAGCGCAGGGAAGUGUCCAUCAAGGAACGGCUAAGCUUCAGACGGCCCCGGGAGGCGGAGAAUGGAAGGACGAGCCCCCGGGGAAGAACCAGCCCAAGGGUUCCUGUGAUGGCAAGGAUAACCCGCGGGAGGAGGAAGAAGGACCCCCACCUGACCUCCCCCUCUACCUCCACAGCCUCGCCCCUCCCCCAGGCCAAUCCCAGGGGGAGGAGGGACCACAGGGGCAGGAGACAAUGGGAGGAUAAUCGGGGAAGGGAUGAUGAUGAGGAGGAGGAGGAGGAGGAGGAAGAGGAGGAGAGAGUGGUGAAGAGGGUGAAGGACUCAGAGGAAAGUGAGGGAAGUGAGUCAGAAAGUGGACAGAGGAAGAAGCAGAGCCAACCGCAGGAGGGAGGCAGGAAGAGGAGGAAGAGGAGGAAGAAGAGGAGGGAGGAGAGGGAUGAGAAUGCAGGAAGACCACAGAAACAUAAGAAGAAGAAGAAGAAGCAACAUGGUGCUACAAGACGAUAAGAGAGAGAGAGAGAGAGAGAGAGAGAGAGAGAGAGAGAGAGAGAGAGAGGAAGGAAAACCAUUGUGAGAGAGACUUAAAAGUUCCUUCCAAGUGUCACUAAUUCAAAAGAACGACAAUCAGUGUAGAGAAAACGAAAACGGAAAAAAAAAUGAAAACGAAAAAAAAUGAAAAAAAUAGAUUGAAGACUGUCCAUGUGGUAAUAUUAAAACCAGCAACAUAGAUAACACACCGUAGUAAUGUCGCAGUUUAACAAUGAGCAUUAGAAUAGCAGCAUAGAUAGACAUAUAUAUAUAUUUUUCCGUAUGCAUUCAGGUGUACAAAUAUUUUUUUCCGCUUUGCACUCGCCCACCAUGUAAAUCUCACCUGUUUUUUUAAGUGUAUUUUUUAAUCUAGUAUAACUGAUAUUCUAAACAGCAGCCUCUUGUCAGCUGCUUAACACCUGUAUCUCUUUCAGGGCUUUUUUUUCAGCAGUCAUCUUCAGUGAUCGUAGAGACUUGACAUAUACACACUCACACAAACACACACACACACACACACACAGAGAGCAGGAGGUGGUGUGUGUGUGUGUGGUGGAGACUGUGCAGUGAAGGGAGGCAAUUGCAGGAGUGACAGUGAUACUUGCUCAUGUUUGUGUGUGUACAGUGACAGUGGACAGUGCAAUGUGAUGAUGGUGAAUCAGGUUGGUGACUUCAUUAACACCUCCACCACAAGAAGGAGUGAAAAGAAAGAGUAUUAAGGAUAAAUAAACAUCAAGCUUAAUGAAAUGGACAAGAAGUGAGUUUCCCAGACUUGUUGAUGGAAAAUAAUGAAUGAAUCUACACCGGAAGGCAACUGAGGAAGAGAUGUCUACUGUAUUUCUUUUCCUUCACAGGUUAUUCAGACCCUUGCAUCCCCCUCCCUUUUUUUGAUCAAUUUUCAGGGUCACUAUUCACUUAAAUGUCAUGAGGGCUGGCUGCACGAAGGCCGAGUGGACUUGUCUCACCAUUGGAGGAAAGUGAUGCAGGUGAUGGUGAAAGGGAAGGAAAAUUAAGCCACAUAUAAUGAUUGUGAAUGCUGGAAGUGAACACAUGAGGUUCUUUUUACAGUGAAGUGACGGUGAAUGUGGUUGUUGAUUGUGAAUAACUGACGUGACAACAGUGGAUGGAAUCUGGCACUUGUGUGGAUGAAGGCUGGAAAAAGAUGGAUACUGUUGCACAUUUUAUCUGACAGAAAAUGAACUUGGAAAUGAUUAAUGGAGGAAGAGAUAUAUUAAUGUGUUUACAGUAUUUUGUUUUCAGUUGAUGAUUGUGUCUAUAUUGUUAUUCAGUGAUGCCCUGUGCUUAUUUAUAUGUUGUUAUCUUACUAAUUUAUUUAUUGUAGGUUGAAUAUCUAGUAACACAAACAACAAACUUUAUUUCUCUAGGUUUUUAUCAAAUUUUAUAGAUAGACAAGUGUUUGUUUAUCAUAGUGUAGCAUUUCGUGAGUGAUGAGAAAUUGGGGAAUGUUCAUUAGAUAGAUCAAAGGUAGUGAACUGAGAGGGGAGAGAGAGGAAGAGUUGAUGGGUGUGGUGAUGGGAGGUAGACAAAGAUGAUUGGAACAUGAGGGAAGAGUGGAAAGGUGAAAAAAGACCCAUAGAUGAUUGGUGCAGGAUAUGAAAACAAUGAGCAUGUGAGAAGAGAUAGAUUGAAAUGAUUAGAAUAAGAGAGAGUAGUGGAGAUGAUUUGAAUAUUAGAGGGUAGAGGAAAGAUUAAAGAAGACCCAGAGAUGAUUGGUGGAGAAACAAAGAGCACCAGUGGAAAUAGAUUGAGACUGUUUAAAUAUGAGAGGGUUUUGAAAAUAUCUAUCUUCUAAUCUAUCCGCCAAAACAGCAAUUAUUCUCAAGUGCAAAGGUAUAGUCUUGUGGGCCACAUUACCACACUCCAUGAGCUUAGACACAGCACCCCUGGCCACACCAACAGUAAGGCCUGACAACACACAUUGGUUCAUCCCUGCCAGUUCAUAAUGACACUGUUCUCUACCUUGCACCAUAAUACAAUAGACUUUAAAGAUAGACCCACGAAAACUUAAGAAGCAGUGUUUAUUGAAGUGUCUCAAGGUUUAAACUGUGUAGAGAGUUUGCAGGAGACUCAGCAGUCCAGUGGGGUAUUAGUAGAUGGGGAUAAUGCAUACUGUAAUCCAUUUUAAGUCCACUACAGGCAGAUGAGGUACAAGCUAGAAUGGUAACGCUGCCUCUCACCGACUUUAUCUUGUGAAAUGUGCGUCAGAUUUACUUAAAUGCCACCAAAACUAUAAAUGGAUUGUCAGGCGCCAGAUUGCUUUGUAGACCAGCCAGCGAGAGAGAGGGGUGACCGUGUGACGAAAGAAUGAAGAGAGGAGAAAAUGAAGCAGGAAAGGAAGUGAAUAAGAGAAGUUUGGGAUGUGAUGUACCUACUGAAAAUAGAUGUGAUAGUUUGCAUAUUUCACCGCUAGAUUGGGGUGUGUAGACCAGCCAGCGUGUGAGAGCAGUGACUUUGUGAUAGAAGAAUGAAAAGGGGAGAAAAGAGAUGGGAGAGAAAGUAUGCAAAUAAGAGAAGAUGAGGAUAAUUUAAGACAAGUUUAGGAAAAAGGAAAUUACGCUUUUUAAAGUGGAAUAAGGGAAGAAGUUAGUGAAAAUAGAUAAAGACCAUCAAUGAAGGUAAAGAAAAUAUAAGGAUAAGAGAAGGUGGAGGAAGAAUGAAAAGGAGAGAAAGAAAGAGAUGAGAGAUAGAGAAAAUAUAAGAGAAUGUGAAGGAAGAAUGAAAAAGAGAGAAAGAAAGAGAUGAGAAAUAGAGAGGAUUAGAGAAGGUGAAGGAGAAAUGAAAAGGAGAGAAAGAGAAGAGAUGAGAAGUAGAGAAAGGAAAUAUAAGGAUAACAGUUUAGGAAAAGGAAACAACUCUUAUAAAAGUGAAAAAAAAAAGGAAGGAAGGAAGUUAGAGAAAAUAAUAACUUUGAUAUAGAAAACCAAAUGAAGUGAAGAUGACACAAGAAACAGGAAAGGAAAUAACUUACAAAAAAGGGAAAAAGGAAAAGAAGUUAGUGGAGAUUAUUACUUGCAUGUAGAAGACCAGAUAGGAAGCAAGAUAGUUAUUUAAAUGUAGGAAAAUAGACUUGAGAAAACACAGUAUAGGAAUGGUAAAGACACAUGUAUAUAUUUAGCUGGGCAAACUCUUAGAAGACUGUGGGCAUUGCAGGAUUCAUUGCUAGUCUUGGGGAAAUAAUUAGGAUUUAAACUCUACUUAUUUUGGGGAACAGUUAGUUGGUUAAGCGGGGAAAACAGAAUAAACUCUACUUAUAUUGGGGAAAAGUUAGUUGGUGAGGCAGGGAAAACAGAAUUAGUGAUAGAGUAAACUGCAGACUGAAACUUAUAUGAUAAACUCAGGAUUUCAACUUUACUUACUUUAGAGAGCAGUUGGUAAGGUAGGAAAAAAAAGGAAACUCACUACUAACUUAAUGAUGAAAAAUGCCACAAACACUACGCCUCAAACUCAAAGACAGGUAUUUAAUGAACCAACUUGUGACGUUAAGAAAUUAAGGAGCUUCGUAUAAAAAUGACAAUACAGCGAAACGUUUUAAUAGUGAACGAAUGCAGCGAAAUUCUUGUGCGUACUGAACUGUCCAUGCAGUUGCAUACACCAAACUUUUAAUUGCGAUGGGGGAAACAAUAAAACCUUUGAACUUUGCGAAGAAUCUUUACGUAUAAUGAAUUGCUCUUGUUAGGGUACUUUGCUGUAUCAGAAUAAGGUUUUGUGUGUAAUUAAUUAACAAACCAUUCCUUUAGCAGUUCAUAAGGCUUCACUGUACAUAGGAGCAUAAGGGAAGCUGCAGGAAGCCAUCAGGCCUACACGUGGCAGUCCCUGUAUGAUAAUGACAAUAUUAGUAAUGAUAAUAGCAAUAAUACUAACUUUUUCACUCAACUCAUAUUACAUACAAACUGAAACUGUGAAUUGAGGGCCAUACUAAAUAGCUAGACUAAAGAGAAGAAAAUACAUAGAACAUUGGAAACUGAAAAUUAUUAGCAUACAGCAUACAGCAAAUACAAUUAACAUACAACAAAAACUAAAUAUAGCUAGCAUACAACAUACCUGUAUCCACUAUCACCUCAUCCAUUAACCCUUUCACUGCGAGAUGAAACAAUUAGCAGCCACAGAAGCAAUACGUGAAGCCUUUACAAGCAUCUACAAGGAAAUUAUCGAUGAAAAAGAAUACAUUUUGCAAUUUUUCCCCUGUUCAAUGACUGGGUGUGGCUGAAGAACAAAUAAAGGCGGUAAUUAGAGUUGGUAAUUGGGCAGAGGUGUACCAAGUGGCAGGUAAAGGGUUAAUUUUAUAGAUACAUAUUCAAACGACCUAGAAAAAAUAAGUAAAAAAAAAAAACACUUUAUAACUAAGAACUUCUUCCUAUGAAAAAAAAAAAAAAAAAAAACAGCCUAUAGGAGAGUUUAGUAUGUCAUUUUACAUUUGCCUCAUCAUGAAGGGACAAACUGACUGAAUGGAGGACUAAUUGUGAAUGAGAGGCCAAGUUAGGUUAGGAUAUUGUGGAUAGUAUUGCUUGUCUCCUGCCUCACUGGAACAUUAUGGCAACACAGAACAUUUGACUUGAAGGCUGCCAAACAGGUUAUACCCAUAAGGCAUCACUGAGACGACCCUACCAGGACAGAAAAGCGAGGCCAGUGUUACCAGUUAAUUUACCAAGACUAGGUUAAGAAUACCAGUCAGUAAGAGAUUAGUUUUUUUUUUUUUUUUUUUUUUUUUUUUUUUUUUUUUUGACGUAUUCCACCUCAAUCGUGUUUUUGGUAGUGGUUGUUUUAUUUGUUUAUUUUUGUUUUGUUUUAUUUUUAUUUGAUUUUUUUUUUAUCCAGAUCCACCUCGCCACGGACUUAACGGCGUUGGUGUAAUAGAAGGGUUUGACCUGGUGGUGUGUAUAUAUUAGGCUAUGGUGAUGGUGUGUAUAUAUUGAUAGGUUAUGGUGGUGCUGGUGAUGUGCAAAUAAUCUUUUUUUUUUAUGUAUUUAAAUAGACCAGUGGAAGAAAUGUGUUGAGGUGAAUAAUCUGGUACAUAAUUCUUUUGUUUUCAGUUGCAAAAGAACAUGCAGGAAUGUAGCCAAGUGUAAAGGAAUUGUUAUGAUGUUCUCGCAUGAAAGUGGCAUAUAAGUGGCUUGGACUCGAUACAAAACCAGUGGCAUGAAAAGACAGGGAACUGAAAUUUGAAUAUGGCGCCAUGUUUUAACUCCGAACAUUUGAGUGACAAAUUAUCGUACCCGGGAAAGAAAACUGUGGUAUGUAAGUUAUGAUUUACCAUGAAUUUAAUGAUUAUUUUUCCACAGGCUUUCCUAGCAGUGUGAAAAGAAAAGCCAAGUUUGUGUGGUAAUGUUUCCUAUAUUUGUACUCCGGUGGAGAUAAAAUAAAGUGUCUGGAUCCUCUAGAUUAAGUUAAAUUAAAA